AUGGAGUUGGAAAAUAUUGUUGCGAAUACAGUAUAUAUCAAGGCUAAAAGAAGUGGAGCUGAUGGGGAUAAAGGUCGAAGCCGAAAAUGGAGGACAUUAUUGGCUUUUCCUCACAUAUCUCAAUGUUCAUACUUAAAGAAAAAUUUAGACUUGAGUUAUGAUUUUAUUGUGGAGCAGCAGCCAGUUGGAAAAAGAUUGUUUCGGUUGUUCUGUAGGAGCAACAAUUUCAUCUCGGAUGUCGUCGAUUUUGUAGAUUCUGUUAACAAAUAUGCGGUGUGUAUUCCCAAUGAACGUCGGAAAUUAGGUCUGGAAAUUUACCAUAAGUUUCUUUCAGACAAGAGUGGCAAAAAGUUUCAUCAACUUGGAAAAAUUGAUGAAAAUUCAGUUUUAAAUGCUCUAGAAGAGUCAAAUGAUGCAUAUCCUGACAAAGAACUCUUUCGUGCAAUUCUGAAGGUCCUUGAAGAUUUCUUAAGGGAUUCGCCAUUUUCUGAAUUUCUAAAUUCCGUUUACUUUAGUCGUUAUCUUCAAUGGAAAUGGUUAGAAAAAACGCCAGUUACCAAACAUACUUUUCGAAUGUACCGAGUCCUAGGCAAAGGGGGAUUCGGAGAAGUGUGUGCUUGUCAAGUUCGAGCAACUGGGAAGUUAUAUGCCUGCAAGAAAAUGGAAAAAAAGCGCAUGAAAAAACGUUCUGCUGAAAAUAUGGCGAUGAUGGAGAAAGAAACAUUGCAACGAGUCAAUUCUCGCUUUGUGGUCAAUCUAGCGUAUACAUUUGAAACUAAAGAUGCUUUAUGUCUAGUACUUACCAUUAUGAAUGGUGGUGAUUUAAAAUUUCAUAUACAUAAUAUGAAUAAUGGCAGUGGUUUCAAUGAGAAUAGAGCAAGAUUUUAUGCAGCAGAAAUAACUUUAGGCUUACAACAUAUGCAUACAAAAAAUAUUGUUUAUCGUGAUUUAAAACCAGAAAAUAUACUGAUUGAUGAUCAAGGACAUGUUAGAAUAUCGGAUCUUGGUUUAGCUGUAUAUAUUGAACCUGGAGGUACAGCUAAGGGAAGAGUUGGAACAGCUGGUUAUAUGGCACCUGAAGUAGUCAUGAAUACACGUUAUACAUUCAGUCCGGAUUGGUUUGGCUUAGGUUGUAUUGUUUAUGAAAUGAUUAUGGGACAAGCACCAUUUCGUCGACGUAAAGAACGUGUACGACGUGAAGAAGUGGAUCGUCGUGUCUGUGAAGAUACCGAAGAAUAUAAUUGUAAAUUUUCAGAUAAUUCAAAAAAAUUUUGUCAAUCUCUUUUACAAAAAGAUCCACAUUGUCGACUUGGUUGUGAUGAUGCUGGCGCUGAAGGUGUUAAACAUCACAGUUGGUUUUCUUGUAUUAAUUGGGUACGUUUAGAGGCUGGACUUGAAGAUGCACCAUUUCUUCCUGAUCCUCAUGCAGUUUACGCAAAAGAUGUUUUAGAUAUUGAACAAUUCUCUACAAUUAAAGGUGUUACUUUAGACAAUAAAGAUAUGGAAUUUUAUAAAAAAUUCUGUUCCGGUGCUGUUAGUAUACCAUGGCAGAAUGAAAUGUUAGAAACUGGUUGUUUUGAUGAUUUAAAUGAAUUUUACAAAUCUGAUGGUACUUUAGUCGAUAAUUUAAAUCCUGAUACUCCACCUAUUCAACAAAAUCUUUCACAUAGUCAAAGUUUUUUCAGUAGACUUUUUAAACGUAAACAUCGACCGCAUGGUCCACCUACAGAUGAUAAUCAAUCCAUGAAUAAAACUAAUAACAAUCCAAUAGACAUGGAAGAACAAAUAACAACUAGUGGUAUUUCAUCCGGUGGUUUAGAAAAACCUAAUAAAUCUGAUUUAUCUAGUAUUGAAAUAAAACUAUCCACUGGUGAACAUUUAUUUAAACAAGAUAAACAAAGUAAAUCCGAUUGUCCUACAUCGAUGCUUACUAGCACACUUGGUACUCAAGAUGAUUUAAAAACAGAUGAAUUGCAUGUAGCCAAAACACCAUUAUCUAUUACAACUACUAGUCAUUGUAGUGUGGAUUCUAGCGCCAUAUCAUCGCAUAAAAAUAUCAAUUCAAAGCAUCGUCCACGUUCACAUCUUAGUGCAUGUUGUUUCUCAACAAUGUGUUGUUCUUGUACGAAAUAA